AUGGACCCAGUCACAGCAGUCGGUCUCGCAUCUGGCAUUGUCGCUUUCAUCACCUUUAGCACAAGCCUGGUCAAAGGCGCUAUACAGAUCCACGAAGCGCUCGAUGGCAGCCUGGAAGAGAACCGGAGCCACGAGGCCAUUGCGGCCGAAAUGAAGCGCUUUGCGAUUCGCCUACUCCCACCCGAUGACUCGCGGCUGUCGGGGGAAGGAGAGGGAGCUAACAAGGUGCACGAGAACGAGAGGGCGGACUUGGAGCAGCGUCUGGACUACUGCCGCAGUCAGCUUGAUCUGCAUCUGACCUUCCCCAACAAGACUUCCCUAGACGCCCUGGUCGAGGCGGCCAAGAGCGACGCCGGCAAGCUUGAGCGACUCCGCAGCAACGUCGAAGACCUCCGCCAGGGCAUCCGGGUCGCGGGAAUCAGCGCCGAGGCCCAGGAGCAGAUCCGUCGGCUGGUGGAGGUGCAGGAGGAUGCCUUCUCGUCUAUCAUACAAAGCCGGAUUGCGAAGAGUCUGGCGUUCGAAGGAAUACAUGACCGCUUUGAUAUGGUGGAAGAGGCGCAUCUCAAGACGUUUCGAUGGAUUUUUCACGACAGCCACGAUAGCAGUGUUGAUGGCAGCAGCUACGGCAGUAGUGGUGGCGAUGCAACUGGCUCUCUUCUGGGGAGGGCGUCUUCCAUAUCCGGGAAACUGGGAUCCGGCAAAUCGACGCUGAUGAAAUACUUGGGCGACCACCCGAGAACGCGGGCCGAGCUCAUCAAAUGGGCCGAUCUUGUGGUCGCAAAGUACUUCUUUUGGCGACCGGGAUCAUCGAAACAGAAGUCCCUGGACGGGCUAUACCGCUCUCUCCUUCACGACGUCUUAGAGUCUCAGCUAUGGGCCAAAGCUAGGGUUGCAUCGUGGCAGGUUCAGACCGAGUUUGCUAUCUCAGAGAAAGACGUUCGGACUGCCUUCGCUCGCCUUGUCAGAAACACGAGUCGAAAUGCCAAGCACUGUUUCUGCUUCUUUAUCGAUGGCCUCGACGAAUACCAGGAGACGGCGCAGAACGACCACAAGGAGAUGGUGAAGUUGCUGACCGGCUGGACCACGACUGCGCCACGAGACGUGAAGUUAUGCGUCUCGAGUAGAGAGGACAACAUGUACAUGUACAACUUUUCGGACAAUAAGAGGCUCCGGCUUCACGAACUUACGAGGUUCGACAUGGAGGCGUAUGCUUGGGAAAGACUGGAUGACAUCUCGGAUCAGGAGGCAAAGCGCAGUCUUGUCACGGCUAUUACCGACAGAGCAGAAGGUAUUUUCCUUUGGGCGGCCCUAUUGGUGAAGCAGGUGCGAGACCAACUGGAGAAUGGCGCCGAUUUUGCCGCCCUGGUGCAGGUGGUCGAUUUGUUACCCGACGAGCUCGACGGCCUAUACGAGCACAUACUUAAGUCGCUCAGCAAGCCAGACCGCAAGAAGGCCUAUCAGACGCUUGCUAUCUUGGCCCUGUCCAGGCACUGGAGGCUGCCAGUGUCAUUAUUCGCCUGUUCCUUUCUCGACAAGUACAACGUCGACAAGAUGUUUGCCGAGCAAGACGACUUUGCUGAAACGGGUCUGGAUGGUAUGGCCUAUGAGGAGCACAUCAAACUCAGCCGCAAGCGCGUGAACGGCUGGUGCAGGGGGCUUGUCGAGUCGGCAACGGGCUCCAUCGGCUACGCUCACCGGUCCAUCCCCGAGUUCCUCGACAACCAGGCAAUCAAAGAUGAAAUGGAAUCUUUCUUGGCCGGCUUUAGCGCCGCCGAGGCUCUUCGCCAGUUGACGCUAGCCUAG